UCUACCUCCAAUCUAUGGUGCAAUCAGAGCUAUAGAGAUGGCCUUGAAAAACGGUACAUCAUUGCUUAUUUGUGUGUCACAGCUGUGGGAUUGGGCUCAUGGUGCUUUCACAUGACUCUAAAAUAUGAAAUGCAGCUAUUGGAUGAGCUGCCCAUGAUCUACAGUUGCUGCAUGUUUGUCUACUGCCUGUAUGAAUGCUUCAAGUACAAGAAAACUAUCAAUUACCCUCUCUUGUCUAUAUUAGCCUACAGCAUUGGCGUCACCAUAGUAUACUUGAAUUGGAAACAGCCUGUGUUUCAUCAGGUUAUGUAUGGGACACUAGUGGCUGUUCUAGUGCUACGCUCAGUAUAUAUAGUGUUAUGGGUAUACCCAUGGCUCCGAGGACUGGGUUAUACAUCUCUGACUGUUUUUUUGCUGGGCUUUUUCCUUUGGAAUGUAGACAAUAUUUUCUGCGAUAAACUGAGGGGGUUUCGUGCCAGGCUACCUCCACUUGUCAGUGUUGUGACACAGUUUCAUGCUUGGUGGCACAUCUUUACAGGCCUCGGCUCCUACCUUCAUAUCCUGUUCAGCUUAUAUUCAAGGACACUUUACCUGAAGUACAGACCGAAGGUUAAGUUUCUCUUUGGGAUUUGGCCUGUUCUCCUAGUAGAAUCAACUAAGAAGCAAUGACAAGGAACAUCUGGCCAAAACUGAAGAGCUGCCUACCAUGGAUGCAUAAGGAGAUUCCGCAACCAUUUGGACAGAUGUGUUGGAAGUUCUUGGGCGUGCAAACCCCUUCCCCUCACUACUCCUGGAGUCAUGGAGAAAUCAUGUAGAACCAACGUUUCUCUAAAAACAACGAUUACAGGUUUUUCCUGUGUUUGAAGUGUCAAAACAAGAGUGCAGUCUUCUUGUGUACCUGUUGAAUAGCUUGAAAAAGUUGGGCCAGCAUAUUGGGCUGGUCAUAGAAAACUGAUCCCGUUUUCUCCUUGAAAGCAGGUUACUGAGGUUUGAGUUUGGCUGAUCAUCUGUGGUUGAACCUUAAAACACUUGUAACUGAAUUGUGAGAAACAUUGGAGCCAAAUGAUGAGGAAUGAUCCAUUUGAUUUAUAAGGGACUCAGUGUUCUGUAGUGCAUUUUAGUGUGUCCACUGCUACAUUCUAAUGGUUUUGGGCACUGUAUUUUGUCAUUGUCUUAGAAGUGAUGUCUUUAAUGACUAGUGCAAAUUAAGGACAGCCAAGGUAGAUGUGCUGUUCUCCUGACCAUCUCUUUUUCUCUUCAGAAUGUGGGAUAUUAAUUGUGAGUUUUCUUGAUGUGCAAAAGCACAGUGCCCCAAAGUUUUAAAAAACUGUACCAUCACCUCUAAGAUCCUUCUGCUUUUAGUGGAUGACCAGAUGUCCUGCCAACCAAUUACUUUGUUCUUGAUGGAAAUAAUUAUCAGUUGGACAUGGAAAUAGUUAUCAGCUGGAGAAACAUAGCCCCAAAUGCCUUGUAGGGUGGAUGAGGAAACUGGAAUAGUUUCUUUUUCCUUGCAGUACGUUUUGGUUCAGCUUUCAGCAAAAAGUUGGCUAUACUCACUCCCUAGGAUAUGAAUC